UUGAGAAGAGAACUGAGAUGUCAAGCAGUUUGAUACUUGAUGGUCCAGUGUUCAAAUCCUAGUGGAGGAAGUUUUUGUGGACCUGUUAGGUUCCACGUUUAAAACGUGUGGAUUUGUUAGCCGAUGUCUGCUUUGUUAAAUUGUUGUACAGUAAUCGCCUGACAAUGCCGGACGUGGAUGACGUCACCAUGAGCACCUGCCUGGCUCUAAUAUCCCUGUGUACCGGCACCGUCCUGCACAUCACGGGGACGGCCACCCCCGGGUGGUCAAUGCUGCACGGCGCCAACAACUCCACCCUCCUGGGCUUCUGGAUACUGUGUGAUAACUUCAUGUGCCAGUCGUUGCCAGAACAAUUUUACUCAGUAUAUGUCCAGGUAUGUAGUGUCUUGGCCAUUCUCGGCUUCGUCUUCAGUUUCCUGGCACUGGUCAUGGCAGGGUUGCGCAUGCGCAGCAAACAGUCCAGGUGUCUCUUCACGUCAUUGGCUGCAGGCUCGUGCUUUAUGGCAGCUGUGUUUGUGUCAGUGUGUUUGUUAGUCUGGGGCCUGUUUGUCCAAGAGAAGCUCAAGCCUGAGGGCUACACUCUCGGCUACUCGUUCAUCCUGAGCAUAGCUGGAGGCUGCCUCAUCGGGAUCAGCGGCGUCUUCCUGGCUGCUGGAGGCAGGAUGUGUUCCCGGGCCGCAUAGGGUUACAGUUAGUGACGUGUGGUAGAGGUGUGAGAGGGUUAAGAUGAUUUCGGCGUUUUAUUUGAUGUUGUUGGCCUGAUGUGUUCCCGGGCCGCAUAGGGUUAAACUUGUG